GCGAACGUUGCAGAUAAUUCCCUGAGUGUGAGCCCCGACGUUUCAAAGAUUUAUAUAGUUGUGGUUACUUGGAUACAACGGGAAGCAGAACUGUUUUAGAUGCUGAGAUGGCACAUUUCUGACAAACCUGUUCUGCAGAUACAGAGUGAUUUAUGGAGAAUGAAAGCCAUGGAGACAACACAACCACUAAACACGACCCCAGUUGAGUGUCAGCUUUACAUCAAAUCUUCCAACUAUUGCUCAAAUGCCACUCCAACUAUUGAUGAAAAUGUAUUGAGGCUGGAAGACAGCACAAAGCUGGUUGGAGUGCAAGUUAUUCUCAUCCUUGCGUACAGCGCCAUCAUAUUUUUCGGAUUCAUCGGGAACUCCUUGGUGAUAUACGUUGUGUACAAGUUUAAAAACCUUCGGACUGUUACUAAUUUCUUCAUCGUGAACUUGGCUGUAGCGGACUUGCUGGUCAACACCCUAUGUUUGCCUUUCACCCUGGUCUACACGCUCUAUGAUGAGUGGAUGUUCGGUCAGGUGUUGUGCUACAUGCUGCCGUGGGCUCAGGGCUUGGCUGUGCACGUGUCCACCAUCACAAUGAACGUCAUCGCCCUGGACCGCCACAGGAGCAUCGUCUACCACAUGGAGACCAGGAUGACCAAAGAUAUGUGCGCUCUGAUCAUCACUGUCACGUGGACACUCAGCGCCCUUUUCGCUAGCCCUCUCGGCAUCUUCAGAGAGUACGUGACCCUUGACAUUUCACCAGACGAGUCCAUUCAGGUAUGUACAGAGAAAUGGCCCGUGAGUGAAAAGAAUGCGCGCAUCUACAGUAUUAGUCUAGUUCUGGUUCAGUAUGUCUUACCUCUGGCCAUCAACUCUGUCGUCUACAUCCGCAUCUGGAAUAAGCUCAAGAAUCGCUUGACCUCUGCAGGCAGGAACGACCGCCAUCAGCGCAGGAAGAAGACCACCAAGAUGCUGGUGACCAUGGUGGUGGUCUUCGCUGUCAGCUGGUUGCCUUUCCAUGCCUUCCAGCUGACCGUCGACAUUGACAGCAGCAUUCUGUACAUGAAGGACUUCAAGCUGCUUUUCACUGUGUUCCACAUUGUCGCUAUGUGCUCGACGUUUGUCAAUCCAAUCCUGUAUGGGUGGAUGAACAACAACUACAGGACGGCUUUUAUGUCUGUGUGCAGGUGUAGCUGCCCCUACAGUUUGAGAACGAGGCCUCUGAAACACCGACGGAUCAAAAAAGAAGAGGAGAGGACCUGUAUGGACUGGAAAUCAACAAAUGUCUAAGCUGCACAUUUAAACACAUACCGAUUACGGUCUGUAAAUGUUAAGCCUGAAUUUUAUGUUGUGUUGUAAAUAGAUACAAAAGGCCUUUGCCCACUGGAGAUGGGACAAAAAAACAAAAAAAAAUGCAUCAAAACCAUUUACACCGGCAGUGACGUCUGCAAUAAAUGUAUAAAAAUAAUAAAAUGUAUUAAAGGAAGCCCAAUGGAAAUACUAAUGUUUCCAACAUCACCUGAAGCAUCAUCUGUGGCCUGUGUGAUUCAAUAUUUUUCUGAUCUAGUGUCUUGUGUUACUUUGGGUCUAUGUCCAUUGUCCACAUAAAAAGACACAUGUAAUCCCAAGCAGCCACUGGUGAC